AUGCAUACCCUCAAGCCUGUUGCGUCGUCGACGCUGUCGCUGCCCACUGAUAACUAUAUCUAUAAACUAACGCCUGCUGCGCCGGGUACCUUCGCAGCUAUCUCAUCUGAUGACUCGCUGCGAGUGUUUGACGCGAACCUGAACGCGUCCGUGCUAUCCCCCGCAGCCCACGCCGGCGUGACCUCUCUGUCCAGAUUUGGUGACUCCCUGCUGGCGACAGGCGGCCGAGAUGGAAAGGUGAAAGUGUGGGACGCCCGGGCUGGGAAGUCCGUGGUGGAGAUGCAGACGGGUGAGUUUAUUGUUGCUAAGCUUUCAAAAUCUAUUCCCAGUUGGGAUGCCCAAAUCGGAUACAUGCAUGGCAGUUCCGCGGGAGAGUCUGCCGGGGAAAAAUUAAAGUGCGAUUUUGGACUAAUACCCAGUAGCGAAACAGGCCCCGGUUCUCUCGGUGGCGUGCUGCCCCGAGACGAAUACCGUCGUGGCGGGCACGGAGCUGGUCUCAUCCCAGGCCGUUGUAGCCUUCUGCUUCAAUAUCACCCGACCCGCAGCAACAUCCUGCUCUCCGGCAGCACGGACGGGCUAGCCAACAUCUACGACACGACAAUCAGCGAUGAAGACGAAGCCCUGGUCCAGGUCAUCAACCACGGCUCCAUCCACCAUGCCGGAUUCCUGUCCGAGCGGGCCAUCUUCGCCCUGAGUCACGAUGAGCUGUUCUCCGUGCACCCGGCCACAGACCCGGACGAUGCAGCCCAGGAGCCCGAGCCCGUGCAAUUUGGAGAUCUGCGCGAGCCGCUGGGUUGCGAGUACAUUGCGCAGCUUUGUCUCGGUGCGCAGCCGUACAUUGCCGCCGGUAACAAGGAGGAAAACCGGCUCGAUCUGGUCCCGUUGGUCUCUGGGCCUUGGUCGUUGGAUCGUGAGAAUCUGUGGCGCCUGCCUGGCGCCCAUGGGGAAGAGGUUGUGCGUUCCGUCCAUUUGGAUGAGCAGAGCUCAUCUGUCUUCACUUGUGGUGAGGAUGGCUAUGUGCGGGUGUGGAAGCCCGAGGGAGGGCCCGGUGAGACUGCCCAGUCUGAAUCCAAGUCGAAGGCUCGGCCGAAGGAGAAGAAGAAGGAUCGGUUCAGACCGUACUGA